AAACAGCACACUGUCGUCGACUUGCCAAGCGAACCCAGACGCGGAGAAUAUGUACAUUCGCCAGACAAAUUCGAAAAAGCGUGUGCACUACAGUGCACCACGAAUAUGAUCGGUAUCGAAGAGCGGCCGGGACCGGGCGCAACAUUCGAUCAUGUAAACGUUUCAAAAACGCCGUCCUCGCUGAAUGGGCUGCCUUGUCCCGCGUUUACCGGCAGGACGCUUCGGGGCUGCAUCGCUAUCCUCGCCACCGGAAGAGGAAGGAGCAGGCCGCACCUUCUUUUGCGGACGUGGUGGUAUAUCCGAGUCUGACGAGGCAAUCUUAGACAAUG